AAUCUAUGUAGGUACGUCGUGCUCCAGCGGUCAGCGCAGUGCUGUCUUGCGAGUGUCACAAAAGGAAAAGUAGUAAAAAAACUGUAUGAAUACUGUGUGAAAUAAACCGUAUUUGUUGUCGUUUGUGUUUAUUAUUACGUAAAUUUUUGAAUGGAAACUCGUCGGAUUACCAGCUGAUCGUCAUAUCAUAUAAACAGAUUCGUCGAGAUAUGAUCAACCAAUCCUGACGGCGCACACCCAUGAAGUAAAUUGAGACCAAUCAAAAUGUCUCAUCACAUCGUAACAGUUUGUAUGUUCUGCCUCUUGUGCGCAGCCCACACUUGCACAUCCCAUGUAGACGUAAUAAGCGAUAUUCACAUAUAUGAACCAGCGAUAAAGGUAGCAAUAGAACCCGGCGUCAACAAUCAUGAAAAAAGGAAGUUAGAGUCGGAAAUGCGAUACCAGAAUCGUCUGCAGAAGAUAAGGCAGAGGAGAGAGGUCAGGAAUAUUAAUCCUGAAGCGUACGUUGAGCAGAUAUUCAGACUGUAUGGUGAUGUUGAAACCAUGACUAUGAAUAUGACGGGCUUCAAUAAGAUGUUGGAAGGUCUAGACUUCCACAAGUUGACUGAAGGUGGUCUGCAAAAGAUAGAAAAGAAGGAGUACAUUUAUGGACAUAACGAGCCCAAGGAAGAAGUUGUCAAUUGCGUCAGCAGUGCGGAACUCGUCACAACAGUCAACACGUGGCUAAAACCACACGACCACGGCCACGAUCACAACGAUCACAAUUCAGAAAACCUUAUAUCCGAAGAAACUUUUCAAACUAUUUGUCCUAUUCUAUUAUACCAAAAACUAGCCAAUUCGUCUAUAGAAAGGUACGGCUGCGUCAAAGAAACGUAUCUACCAAGUAGGAGUAGAGAAAUUAAACACGUUGAGAAAGAAAACGCGUAUUCAAAGAAUAUGUUCGCCGUUUGGCUUUACUCGUGUCUAAGUAUAACAGCUAUUAGCGCCUGCGGAUUAUUAGGUGUUGCUGUAAUCCCUAUUAUGCAUAAGACUUAUUAUAAUCACAUUUUACAAUUCUUGGUAGCGUUAGCCGUGGGCACAUUAUGUGGAGAUGCCUUAUUGCAUUUAAUGCCUCACGCCAUGAGUCCCUUAGAGGAUGAUCAUGAUGACCACGCCCUAGAAACAAGGGCGUCCCAUGACGAUGGGAUGUGGAAGGGAUUAGCCGCUAUGCUCGGUGUAGUAUUCUUCUAUUUCAUGGAAAAGGGUCUAACAGUUGUGGUCGAAUGGCGCAAGCGUCGCCAAAAGUUAGAAGAUGACAAACUACCCUCCAGAGUUCGAGUCCUAAAAGAUGAAACAGUGGGAGGCUGUUCGGGUGGAUCGAAAGCGCCAAUAACGAACACGACAUCGAAUUCUCUAGUGAAGAUCUUCAAAAGGGAUGAAAAGGGCGACCCUACAACAAAAACGUGCAAACAUAAAUAUUCUGAAUACCCAUAUUGUUACGAUGAGAUUGAUACUGAUACGCAUGACGAUCAUCAUCUAAGGGACGGUUUGCCUCCAAGUCCUAAAGCGACAAAGAAUCACAAUAACUCGGUGAGUGUUGUCUCAUCGAACGCCUUGAACCCUGAGGGUAAGGAAAACGAACCCAGUGCAAAAGAUUGGCUCCUUAAAGGUGAGUCUACACCAGCGGUGGUCGAGAUGAACAAUAUCAAGCAUAAGGAAGAUGGUGCCAAGGAUAUGAAGGACGGUGACAGCUAUACCGUUAUAUUGAGGGAGCACUCACGCGCCCACCACGGUCACUCGCACGCUCACGGCCACGUUCACGCGCCCCCUUCGUCUUUAUCUUCGGUGGCAUGGAUGGUCAUCAUGGGGGACGGUCUACACAACUUCACAGACGGGAUGGCUAUCGGUGCCGCCUUCGCGUCAAACAUAGCCGGUGGCUUCUCCACGGCGAUCGCUGUUCUGUGUCACGAGCUACCACAUGAAUUGGGUGACUUCGCAGUGCUCCUAAAAGCGGGUAUGUCAGUGAAGCGUGCCGUGUGCUACAACGUGCUGUCGUCGGCGCUGUGCCUGGCGGGCAUGGUGUGCGGCGUGCUGGCGGGUCACGCUCCAACCGCCACGCGCUGGCUGUUCGCCGCCGCGGCCGGCAUGUUCCUGUACAUCGCGCUCGUCGAUAUGAUGCCAGAACUAAGUACUUCACACAGCAAAGAGGGUACUUUGUGCCAAUGCCUGCUACAGCUGAUGGGAUUGGCGACCGGGAUAGGCAUAAUGCUGGUCAUAGCACUGUAUGAACACGACUUGAAAAACUUAUUCGGUUAAGCAGUGAAAACUCAGUGGGUAACGUUAACGACCAAGUGUAAAAAGUGUAGACAUAAGUGUAAACAGGAAAGUGUAAGUGUAGGCAGAAGUGUAAGUGGGGAAGUGUUGUAAAAACGGUCAUAUUGAUCGUCAAUUGAAACAGUUGUGAUUUAGGUAAAGCUCAAAUUGAUUAUUUUCUUAAGCGUUAAUAUUUCUGCUAUGAUGAUUUGUGAGGUAUAUUUUCAUGUGUUGCACGUGUCAAAGUAUAUAACUAGACUACUUAAACUAGACUCUAUAUAUUCUUUGUACAAAAUUGGAAAAUAAAAAUCUUGUGUGUGUGUGUGAUACGUACUUGGAGUGUGCUCUUUAAGAGCGAUUAUCGAUAUUUGAAAAUAUAUUCAUCUAAAACGUCACUCCUCAGCGUCACUGCUCAGAGUUAUCGUUUCACAUCAUUCACUUACCAUUCAUCUUUGAUACUUCCAGUCCUUAUAUCGGCCAUUCAAGUAUUACGUAAGCAGAAUUUUAGUAAUUUUAACCCCCUUGUUAGCGAAUCCCCUUGCCCCCCUAUGCUCAUAAACAUUGGUAUAUAUAUUUUUAAUCUAUUCCAAAAUAAUAAAUAAAUAUUGCGGACGUAACCGCCCCUAGCCUGCCCUGAAUCUAGACCUCCCGGACCUCAUGUCAUCAAAAAUAAGCAAAUAAAGGAUCUCCCCACCCCCUCUCAGUGUUUACCUAAUACUUGAAUGACCCCUAAGAAAGUUCCUUAUCAAACAUAAAAUGUAUACAUUAAUAUAUUUUUUUAUAACAAAUGAAAAUCAUCCAUACAAAUUAUCAAAGUGAAUAUUUGUAACUCGAAUACGCUGCUAUACUUCCUUACCGUAUCUACUUAAAGAUUUACUUAAUUUUUAAAACAAUUAAAUUGUUUAAGUUACUAUUAAUGUAUGUGUAAGCCGUUACAAUAAAUAUAUUGCUUAGCUUCGUAAUUAUACGUUGAAAA